UCGCGUGCGUCGCAGCGCGCGCCUGCGCAAGUUUCGUAAAUUCGAAUUGUUCGAGAGGCAACGGUUACACUCCGUGAAUGUUCCGCGUUCACGUGCUUCGCGUGCUUUUACGAAUUUUGCCAAGUUUCGUCCGAUAUGGCCGAGUUCAGGACACCCACGCGGGUGAAGACCAGGAGCAGAGUGACGGAUAAUCCCGAGCUGAGCACUCCCGUCAAGAUACCAGCGUCGCCGUUCCUGAAACAGAUAGGCUAUGGCACUGGAAUUGCCGUGUACAUGUUGGAGAGGUCGCCCAAGGUGGGCUUCGCGCGCUCACCUUGGGCAAUAAAGAAAUGGAUGAGAGGAAAGAACAACGACGUGAACAAUACCUACCUUCGCUUGGAAGCGAACAUCCUGCGGAAGUUGAACCAUCCCAACGUCGUCGGCUUCAGGGCGUUCACCACUGGGUCAGAUGGGAAGCCUUGCCUGGCUAUGGAAGCCUUGGACACGUCGCUUGGUGAUAAGAUCGAGGAGAGGCGAGAUCUCCUGGAGGACGAGCCGUUUCCAGCCAAGGACAUCAUGAGGGUCGCUUCGGAAGUUGCGAAGGGGCUGAAGUACCUGCAUCUCACCGCGCACAUCUUACAUGGAGACAUUAAGAGCUGGAACAUCUUGGUCUCCCACGAGUUCAAGGAAGUGAAGAUCUGUGACUUCGGCAACUCCCUGCCAUUGACCGAGUCUUUGGAGCUGGAUAGGUCGAAGGGCAAUUUCUCUUAUCUCGGAACCGACUGCUGGAAUCCUCCCGAAGUUAUGAUAGAGGACGGUCCGGUGACCAGCGCUGCGGAUAUCUGGCCGUACGGCCUACUCCUCUGGGAGAUGAUAUCCCUGUCGGUACCUCAUGCCGAAGAACUUGACGAAAGCGAAUCCCUUGACGAGUCGGCCGCAGAGUCGAUGAACGAACUUGAUGUAUCCAACGUUGACAUGAACGAGAGUGGUGCCUUCCUCAAAAAGAUGAUGCCACGUGCGCGCAGUAUAUAUGGCACGCGUCCAGCUCUACCUGCUGUUGACCUGGACAAAGAAUAUGAGAACAUACUUGAAGUGUACUUCGUAUGUACCAUUGCUAACUGCAAGUUGAGGCCGAGCGCGAGGGCGCUGGUAAAGUACUUCGAGAAAUGUGCAAGCAUUGAAGGAAAAAAGACAUAAGAUUUCAUAUUUAUUAUUCGGUAUAUUUAAUAUCAGUAUUUUAUACGCGAUACACGUGUGUUACAUGAAGUAUAUAUAUUUUUAUUCAUAAUUUAUGGUAUAUUAGCGCAGUAAGACAGUUUUUAAUACUUGAAAUAUUUUUAUUUAUUAGCGCAAUUAAGACGGUCUUCAAUACUUGAAAUAUUUUUAUUUUUAUUUAUUAGCGCAUUCAGACUUUAAUUUAAUACUUGAAAUAUUUUUAUUUAAAACGAUAUUAUCGUGCAGUGUUAAAAGAUGCAAUGAUAAGUAGAAGAAAAAUUACUAUUAUCACGAUAAUGGUGAUCUUGAUCUUCCACUGUAAAAGUAAUUAAUUAAGCGCGUUAUGACAUUUGUCAUUUGUACAGAGCAAGAACAAGAAAUUAAAUAUCUGAUACAUACUUUUCU